UUAAAAGACCGUGUAGAAAUGUUUUUGACAAAUAUUUGUAUCGCUUUAUGGUUUUCCUUUUCUUCUGCGUACGAAAACUUGGCACUAAAUAAACCAGCUUAUGAAGAGUACCCAUUCUAUAAUUUUUAUAUUGAUGCCAGCAAGGCUGUUGAUGGACUUGAUCUGCGAGGUAGAGCAGGACAAUGUUCAGUGUCAUCCCUAGGUAAACCUACCUUCACCUGGUGGGUAAAUCUGACCAGUACCCGCAGUAUCCACGACAUCCGGAUCUAUUACAGGACGGGUAAUCUAUAUUGGGAUGCAUCAAACAGAUAUACGUCGAGGUGUCUGGGAUUUUCUAUAUACGUCUCAAAUACAACAAACAAGUCGGAGGGAAAACUUUGCUACAAAGACACCAACUUUACUCCAAGCACGAUACCAGCUGUCUUUAACACCACCUGCUUUGCUCAUGGUCAAUACGUCAUAUACUACAACGAGAGACUACCAGGAGUUAUCUAUCCUAGUGGUUAUUCUGACUACGCCUUUAACGACCUGUGUGAAGUAGAAGUCUAUGGAUGUCCUACACCUGGUUACUAUGGUAUCAAUUGCACUACCCCCUGUCCUGACGUCAACUGUGGAUACUGUCACAUCCAGACGGGCACCUGUCAGGGGGGAUGUAAACCUGGAUACAAAGGACACAAGUGUGAAUUGGAAUGUACCAAUAACAAAUAUGGAGACGGAUGCCAAACAAACUGUGGACAUUGUUUUAACAUGAGUCAGUGUCACCAUAUAAAUGGAACUUGUUUUGACGGCUGCGAUCCUGGAUAUGAAGGCCAAACGUGUAAUCAGGAAUGUCAGAAUAGAACAUACGGUUAUCGAUGCCAAAGGAAAUGUGGACAUUGUUUAAACAGGUCAAAAUGUGACCACGUUGAUGGAACGUGUUUACAGGGAUGUGAAGAGGGUUAUGGAGGACGCACAUGUAACCUAGUUAACUUGGCUCUACACAAACCAGCAUAUCAGGAGAACAUAUACAGACAUGCUAACGUUAGUGCCGGCAAUGCUGUGGAUGGGCGCAAAUCAAACUUGCAUGGUAUUGGAGGAGAGUGUUCAAUGUCAGCUAAUAGAAAACGCACCGCCACCUGGUGGGUUAAUCUAGAGAGCAUCUAUAGCAUCCAUAACAUUCGGAUCUAUCACAGGACCGAGAAUUUACCCUGGGGUCCAUUUAACGGGCAUACAGCGAGAUCUCUGGGAUUCUCUAUAUACGUAUCUAACACAACAGCCAAGUCGGAUGGAAAACUUUGCUACAAAGACUGGAACUUCACAAGAAGCACGAUACCAGCUGUCUUUAACACCACCUGCUUUGUUAAUGGUCAGUACAUCAUUUACUACAACGAGAGACUACCAGGAGUUACCUAUCCUAGUGGAUAUUCUGACUACGCCUAUAACGAACUCUGUGAAGUAGAAGUCUAUGGUUGUCCCAGACCCGGAUACUAUGGUAUUGACUGUAACCUCCCCUGUCCUGAUGUCAACUGUGGAUACUGUCACAUCGAGACGGGCACCUGUCAGGGGGGAUGUAAACCUGGAUACAAAGGACACCAGUGUGAAUUAGAAUGUGAAACAGGGUGGUAUGGAGACGGAUGUCAAAGACAAUGCGGACAUUGUAUAAACAUGACGCAAUGUGACCACGUGAUCGGAACUUGCUCACAGGGGUGUGAAGUGGGGUAUGAAGGUCAAAUGUGUGAUCGAGAGUGCCAAGAUGGAUACUUUGGUGAACACUGUGCUCGAGAAUGUCCUGCUAACUGUAACAGCUGUAAUAAAAAAUCUGCACUUUGUGAUCUUGGAUGUCAUCCGGGAUGGAAAGGGGUAUAUUGUACAGAAAAAUGCGAUGGUAAUCUGUAUGGGGAAAACUGCAGCAAGUCUUGUGGAAACUGUAAGAACAACCAACAAUGUCAUCACCUUGAUGGAAUUUGUAUGAAUGGAUGUGGUUGGGGGUACCAGGACUCUAAAUGCGACAAAGAAUGCGAUGACUAUAAGUUCGGUGAAAAUUGCAGUUUUACUUGUGGAAACUGUGAAAAUAAUGAGAAGUGUUAUCAUAUUGAUGGAACUUGCACUAAUGGAUGUGAUAAGGGGUAUCAGGGCCCUAAGUGUGAAACAGAAUGUGAUGCGAACCGUUUUGGUAAGAAUUGCAGCAGGCAAUGUGGACACUGUUACAAUAAUUCAUCGUGUCAUCACAUAAAUGGAAUCUGUGUGGAUGGGUGUGACAGAGGGUACCAGGGCACAGAAUGCAUAGAUAUGUGCCAAGAUGGAUAUUUUGGAGAAAACUGUAUUCGAGAAUGUUCUAUUCAGUGCCAAAGCUGUAACAAAUCUUCUGGAAUUUGUGAUCAGGGAUGUCACCCGGGAUGGAAGGGGACAUAUUGCACAGAAGAAUGUGAUGGUGGGCUUUACGGAGUGAACUGUAGCACACCAUGUGGACACUGUCUUAAUAACCAACAAUGUCAUCAUAUAAACGGAACAUGUGCAACUGGAUGUGACCCAGGGUACAUUGGAAUUACUUGCACCGAAGCUUGUAGUAACAACACGUAUGGACUCCUUUGUUCGUUGACUUGUGGUAACUGCGUUGACAAACAACAAUGUCAUCACGUGACCGGAAAAUGCCCAGAAGGAUGCGCUGUAGGAUUUCAAGGAGAAAAGUGUGACAAAGUACAGUGUACAGUUCAGUGUCUCCAACCGUCAGCAGAGCCAGCUGACCAUCCCUCCACUACUUACAUUUUUUCUGCAUUGCUCGCCGUCUGUGCCAUCGUUAUCAUUUUUCUCACCUUAAGUUUAUGCAAACACGAACAAUGUUAUAAGUGCCAUCAGCAUAAGCAACCGAAAGACGAUAAACCUGUAGACACUGCACCAGCUGCAACUGGUCACGACGUCAACGUUGAUGACGGUACGGCAUACCAGGAGCUCAACGAAGUCACCAAUCAACCACAGAGAGGCGAUCUUGGUCACACCGCCGUCAACCCUGAUUGUUACGUCAACGUUGAGGGAGAUAACUCAGCGUAUCAGGCGCUGGGAGAAGUCACCCAGCCGUCUCUCUAUGAUACGCCUUUCAAGAAAUAAGCAAUUUGUACGUUAUUGCAGAUUGGUGUAAGAUUUACAAAAAAAAAUCCUUAAAAUAUUGCUAUUUCUUAAUCGCAAUAAUGCAGAUAUAAACCAAUUGUUCAUUUUUGUUGUAUAAAACAACACACUGUGUAACAAAGGAAAGUUUUUGGAAUCUGAGAAAUCUAUCAACAUUUUUUAUAUCAAUUUUUUUUCUCUGCUUAUUUUUUGUCAUGAUAAAUGAAAGGAAAUCGUGGGGUUUUUACACGCAAUAUCUGUUAUCCUUGUUCUGUCUUAGUAACACGAAUUUUAUUAAGAUUUUUUUAAGUUCGGGGCGAACUGAAGGUAAGUUGUUUUAGAUACCCGUAUUACAACCUUAAGGUAUAGCUACAUACAUGUGUAUUUGAGGUUUAUACCUGAGUAAUCAGCAGUUAUUAUUGCAUUGCUUGUACAUGUGUUUCUAAAUAUAUAUAUAAUUUAUAAAAAUCAAAAAUUUCCGUGUUUCAUCAUACCAUAUGUGUUCACCCUGUUUUGAUUAUCCUUGCGUUAUUUCAUAGAAUCCACAUCAAUGUAUAUAAAUUCUUAUCU